CUCCCCACAGCUAGGUCAAAAUCCAGUUCCUCUCUGAUCUUCCUUGAAUUAAGUGUCUCGGUCAGAAUUUUGCACUUUCUAAUGUGCAUACAAAACUCACCGUUUCAAGAUGAGCAGAGCAAACUGUUCAUAAAGAAGCAUAUAUCACAUCUUUCAUCACAAUUUCUAACAUCUUUCUUUCCGACUUCUUGAGGCUUUAGCACAUUUAUGUGUGCUCCUCUGGAAGGGUCAAGGUAAAACAGUGUCAUCAUCACAAUAUGAGCAAACCACAGGUGCUACUGCUGCAUAUAAUUCUGCUAGUCUGCUUUAACCACUAACAGAACCUCCCUUCCCCACGUGGGCUCAAUGCCUAGCAGGGUGAAUUAACCAAAGCACAGCUACACCGCACUGCAGUUAGUGUGCUCCUGUCUCUACAUUUCUCUAAAGCUUGCUCAUUCUAUAUUGCCUGCUGCAUAGGUGUAGUAUCAGAGAAAAUAGGGCCAAGGGACAUUGGGUGGUCUAGUCCAUUCCUCUGCCACAAAAAAGUGGUGGGGAGGGCGAAUAGGAAGUCUGGAUUUGGGGUGAGUAAAGGCAAAUGGAGAAAGAAACAUCUUCCUUUGACUUGGUCACACAAGCUGCUCCCCCGAGGUUCCAUGCAGAGCUGUUUUUUUCUCAGCUCUUCAUAGCAGGCACCAGAGGUGAGUGGCCCCUGUUAAGGUCACUAUAGCUCUAAUAUCAGCUUUGCAACAGGCACCUGGCCACAACGAAUGCCACAAGGAGUAGGUGACAAUGAAAAGAAAUUAGCAGCUGAGGUUAGAAGGGGAGAUGCACAAGUGCAGGAAGUGGGGAACUUUGCCCAAGCACCCCCAGAAGCCAGGAGGACACAGACUUUCCCCACACCUGCUCAAAACUGCAGCAUCAGCUGCCUGCCCCUGGUCAGGGACUUCUCAGAGAAGCAGCUAACUCAGCUUGCAAAACCUAGCACGCAUCCCAGCUGCAACCUCACACACGCCUCUGCUGGGAUUCGUCUCCUGCACCCAGGGCUACCCCAUGUCAGCUUUUUUAGAAAACCAGCACCUCCAAGUUUGCUUGCAGACUGAGGCUGCCCACAGACAGGUUCUUCUCCACCAUUUCCCCAGCAGCAAUUGCACCAAAAUGGCUCCCAGUCAGGGAGCACAAAGUCCUUACGUGGGUUUCAGGGAAGCAGAAUUCGGCCAACCCUUUUCAGGGCAGAGUGUGUAGUCUCAUUUAUUUCUGGCUCUGUCUUCUCCCAGGGUUAAUUUCACUUCCCCAGCCUCAGUUCUGCCGGAAAGCUGGGUGGCAGAGAUAGGAGGACACUGUGACAGGGAAACAGCAUAUUUUCCAUAUUUUCCACCUUUACACAGGGCCCUGCUGCACUAACACGGCACCACACCGCCUCAUCACUCGCCUGCUGCUGGCUUGUUCCUGGAGAGCACUCACUGCCACUUGCCCGAGAUGGGUUACCCCAGGGCUUGGGCUGCCCCCAGCUCAUGUUUGCACCUCCUUGGCUCUGUCCAGAGCAGGAGCAGGAGCAGCUCGUUCACUGCAGACACCUCGAGGGGUCCGCAGCUCCCACCACAUCUGCGAUUGCUGCUUUCAAACACUCCCCCACAUCCCAUCACAUCCCACACCUUGUCUUCGUUUCUCUGUGCUCCAUAAACUAACCUCGGCCUUUCUUUUACUCUUUUAUUGCAAGGAGGCCUCUCCAUACCCAUUGCUCUAAAGAUGGGGCAGAGCAUGGGAAAGAAUGCCCCUCUGAAAGUGGCUAAGGUGGCCAGCGUGCUGGCACUUCCACUGAAAAAACAGCGUCACCGGUAUUACGGCAAUGUUCUUGUCAUACUGGGAAAGGUCUGAGUAAGGGAACUCAGCCAUCUCAGGGCCUUAACUGAUCUAAUAUACCCUGAAUUAAGUGAAGCAUUGGAAUUUAGCUUAAUGCCCUUCUAGCAUCCCCUGAACAGCCUCAUUUCCUACAGUGACUACAGAGCGAUUAUCUAAGCUGAUAAGUGGCAGCUUUGCACGGUCAAUUCUGGUUACAGUUCUUCCACUUCUAAAACCGUGGCUAGGAAGAGGAAGCAGCUCAACUAUUUGUUUGUAGGUUGCUGGUAAGCAGUCUUGAGAGAACUUUUCAUUUUUUUCCUUUUCAAAGUAGCUUUCCAAAGUACUUUACUGCUACCAGGCUCCCAAAGGGGUACUGCGAGCAUCAGGAGACAUGUCCUAAGGGGAAAAUCUUUUCUGAAUGCUGAGAUAUCUGCAGCCCUGUGGAAUGGAAAGAGCUGACUUGCUGCCCGAGUGCUGAGGAUGUGAAAUUCUGGGGUUUGCCCGCUGGAACGUCACUGGAAGAAGCGAGCAGUAGGCACCGCGGGCAGAUCCCGUGGGAGGCCUCUGGUACACAUGUCCGCCCUCUGCAGCUCGAGCCAGGACAGGAGCGGCACCGGCGACGUGCCGUCCAACAUCAGCCAGGUGCUGAGCAGCAUGGAUGCCAUUUACAUUGGGGCCGAGUUCUUGGUGGCUUUGUUCGCCGCUUUGGGUAACAUCCUGGUCAUCUGGGUGGUGAAACUGAACUCGGCCUUUCAGAACACGACCAUGUACUUCAUCGUUUCCCUGGCGCUGGCUGAUAUCGCCGUGGGGGUCCUCGUCAUUCCCCUGGCCAUCGUGGUGAGCCUGAGAGUCAGCAUUGAUUUCUACUCCUGCCUGUUCAUGUGCUGCCUGAUCGUGAUUUUCACUAAUGCAUCCAUCCUCUCCCUCCUGGCCAUUGCAGUCGACAGGUACCUGCGAGUGAAGCUGCCCAUCAGAUAUAAAAUAAUCACUACAGAAAGAAGAAUUUGGUGGGCACUGGGUUUGUGCUGGUCUCUGUCCCUGCUGGCAGGAUUAAUCCCCAUGUUUGGAUGGAACAAGCUAAAACAAAAGAACACUGACUCUCUAACAUGUGAAUUUGUCUCUGUGAUGAGGAUGGAUUACAUGGUAUAUUUUGGGUUUGUGACAUGGACCCUUGUCCCUCUGACCAUCAUGUGUGCUCUGUAUGUUGAAAUCUUUUACAUCAUCAGGAUGAAGCUAAGCCAAGGUGCAAACAACGUGAGAGGGGCAGGAGCAUUUUAUGGACAAGAGUUCAAGACAGCCAAAUCUCUAGCACUUGUUCUCUUCCUGUUUGCAGUAUCCUGGUUGCCUCUGUGCAUUAUAAACUGCAUCUCCUAUUUUUACCCUGAAUGUAAGAUCCCCAAGCACUGGAUUUACUUGGGAAUCUUGCUGUCCCAUGCCAAUUCUGCCAUGAACCCCAUUGUCUAUGCUUGCAGGAUAAAUAAGUUCAAAACCACUUACCUUUUAAUUUUAAGGACCUAUAUCCUAUGCAAAAAAUCCCCAAACACCAGACCCAGUUCUUACAGAACAAACAGCACAUCAAUAGUCAUAAACAUAGAAUGAACGUUGGCCCGUCAGUGUAUACCAGACCACUGAUAAAAUGCUUUAAAAAAAAACAUGGGAAUUUUACCUACUGUCUUACACAAAAUGUUUUAUGAUAAGGGCAAACCCCUUGUACUCUAUCUGAUGUACAUUUGACAUUAAGCCUAAAAGGAUCAUUCACAAUCUUCUGCGUUAUUAUACCCCAGCAAACUCUGCUUGAUUGUAGCUGUACACCAAGCCCAGAUCUUCCAGAUAAGCAUCUUCAUUUAAGAGCACCUUCUAGUUUUUACUUAUUGGCUUGAGCAUUAUUUGGCAGACCAGUAGCCCAAAGCACUGUUAACAAGGCAGAUUUUUUCCUCCUUGUUCCCUAGGUCAAAUCUAUGGCCAGCUGGUAAACACAAUGCUUGUUAAUUUCUAGUUUUAACUCAAGACCAAGAGGUCUUUUUGUUAUCAUUUUGGUUUCUCUUUUUGUCCAGUUACAGGCCCUUUACUUGCACACAACCACAUUUGCCCCCAACGUUUUGUUCCAGUAGCAUGUGUUCAAUAAGGCUAUAGCAUUUCCUACAACACCUCCACCUGUGGAUGAAAGACUGCAUCAUGAAAUCAUCCUCACCAUGGGUCCCACUGCUGACCAUCUCAGCUGAAAGGACAGAAGCUGAACUGCCUUUGGUGACUCUUCUUCUUUGGGGAAGAUCCUGUCGUGGGAGUCUUUCAUUAUUUGGAAAUUAAGAUGGUGCUCAUCCCAGAAGCCUGAAAAAUGGACCUCAGACAUAAAGCACCAGGCAGGAGCCAAGCUACACAAGAGCACACUUAAGCUAUUGAGUGAUGGGACGUGCUGGGGAUAGGGGAGCAUGCCAGGAGGAAGUGACUGACAAAAAAAAAAUAAACUAAUGAUAUCUUUAGGUUAUUCCCUCCUACCCCAGCUCCCUUACCAAGGAUAGAAUCAACUAUGCCCAUACAAUCAAGUCUGCAUUUUCCUAAUUUGUUACUGAAAAGCAUCCAUUUUGGUGAUUUUCCUGCACAGCAUAUUCCCAUGAUCUGUUCUCCCUACAACCAGAAACUGUUUUCUUAACACCUGACAAAAAUGCAAUUUGCUGCAAAUCUCCUUUGUAAACCAGUUGCUUUUUGCAGCCUGUUACAGAUCUGAAGACUUACUCUGAACUGUAUCUGAAGGUGUAUGUGAAUAUAUAUGUCUAUAUAUGUAUUUAUUAUAUCAUUUCAAAAUACAGAAAAGACCUGAGACAAAUUUUGUCCAUUUUUUCCCCACAAGGAUUGGCUGGGUCUACUGACAAUAGGAUAAAUGCGUUUUUUUUGUUAUUGGUAAUACAGCAGCUCGCAAAGCAGGCAUGUUGUCACUGACUACUCUUACACCCUUCGUCUUCUGUACAACUAGACGAUAAAUUCAAGUCUGGUCAACUUGUGCUGCAGUCAUUGUGCCAAACUUUCAUGAAGGACAAUAAAUAUUAUAUGGAUUUAAUGUGAACUCAACCUGUUCUUCUCCGUGACAAUCUAAAAAACAGCCUGCAUGAAAUCCUUGCACUGCUUUGGUACGUGUCCUGCCUAGGACAGCUCAGAAAUUGCAGUAAAUAUUACACCAUAGUUUGCACAGCCUGUUUUUAGGGAACAUGGGUCAGGCUGAAAAUAGAUCUUUGAAGGCAAGGCUAUUUUUUAUCCAUCUUUAAAUAAUAAAAGUGGUCUUUAAAGAAAAAAAAAAAAAAAAGCAAUGCACCAUUCUGUGUUAUUUGGUUCAGUAAGCUGAAAGGAAAAAUGUUGGUGUCUCUUCCUUUAGCUAAGAUCAGACAUCUCGGUUUAUAUCUGAUGUAAUCCUUGUCACAGACCAAAACUGCCCUGUUACACAGUUUCACUCUAUUAAUAAACAAGCUAGUGAAGAAAGUACAUAAGUACAUCAGAAUUCUGCUACAUAAUCUCUCUUUAUCGGUAGAUGGAACUGAUUGCUUUCAGCAGAAAAAGAGGCCCCAAACAAGCAGCAGAAAGUUAUGAAUAACGCAAGGCCACCUUCGCUCAUGCGUUUCUUGAAAAGUGCAAAAACCAGGGAACAACAUCCCGGCACCACAUCCCCAGCAGGCUGCCCGACAACCUCCACGCGGACAAGGCAGACGGACAGGGAGAAAGCACAGAGGGCUGGGAGCGGGGGAAGCCCACGGGAGGAAGGCGAGCAGCUCCCCGGGGGGAGCCCAGCGGCGGCUCCGCGCAUCCCCACGGGGCUCGGUGCCCACCUCAGCCCGAGCCGGGGGCAGCCCCCCCUGCACACAGCCGUGUCCUGCUGCGGGACGGGCUCCGUGGGCUCCUGCCGUGGGCUCCUGCCGCUGGCUCCGGCCGCCUGCAGGGCUGCACCGUGCGCUGCCCCGGGGGUGCCGCGGGCUGGAGGAGCCCCUGAGGGUGCGGGUCCCCGGUUCUCACCGCCGGCAGCUACCCUGGAGGCGCUGGCGGUGGUGCUCAGCCCCGACGGAGGGCUACGAAGCACGGGUGCUGCUCCCGGCCCCGUAGAACGGCAGCAGCUUUACCCGCGACGCCUCUCAAGCCGGCCUCCGGAAGGCGACCGCGUUCGCGCACCUGAUUUUCGGUGGUCCCCCAACCCGAGGGGGGUGGCGGGGGUGGAGCAAACGCCCUGCAGGUCGGAGAGCCCCGAGCUCCGCCGCGGCCUCCUGCUGCCCCCCAGCGGCACGGCCUCGCCGCGCGGAGGAGGCUGCGCGACCGCGGGGGGCCGCUCCCCGCAGGGAUGCUCCGGGCAGCAACACCCGAGUUGUUGUUCCAUCUAUUUCCGUAACUUCAGACUGUCACGGUGAACGUGCACGUCAUAGGUGAACCGACGGGGAAGCAGGCAUUUGCAUGCAGGUGUGGCAUUAUCAUACCUUAGUCCGGUUAUUAACUAACCGGAGCAGCUGGCAGUCCAAAAGGCAAGAAAAAUGCUCUAGUCGGUGACGGAGCAAGGAAAUAAGGGCUCAGACGUGAACAGAUGCAGAGAAACAUUCCCAUUUUUUAGUUCUC